GAUGCCCCUCCUCCUCUCUCUUAGCUACAAGAAAAUGGAGGACACCCCUCCCUCUGCUCUCAUAUUGAGCUGCAGUUAGAGACAGACAAGUUGAAGGAGAAACACGGUGGACUAAUGAUGUUCUCGGUCAUGUUGGUCUUUAUAAAUACUACGGAGCCAUGUGGGACACAAGCCUUAUGGGUGUCUUAAGUAACUGAAAGAGUUUAUUGCAGUUCACUGGUGGAUUCACGCAGAACACAAGACAUAUCAGUAUUGUAAAUGUUUUGGAUACUCAACAUUGAUUCUGGCUCAGAGGACAACAGCAGAGAAGUAAUUUCGAUGUUCUGGAAGUGACUACGGUUUUAUAGUAAAGUCCAACCCGUUUCUACGCAAGCAAAGUCAUUUUAGAAGAUACUUCAUUUUUUGUUUGUAAUAAAGGUUUUACAGUGAAGGGGAAGUUUAUCACACAUCAAGUUCACAAUGGAGGAGAAGCCAUUUCAGUGUUCUGAAUGUGACAAAUCAUUUACAAACAAGUCAAAUCUUAUCAAACACCAGCUAAUUCACACUGGAGAGAAGCCAUAUGAGUGUCCUGAAUGUGACAAAACCUUUACACAGAAGAGUAAUCUUAACUUGCACAUGAGCAUUCACACCGGAGCGAAGCUGUAUCAUUGUUCAGAUUGUGGCAAAAAUUUUAGAGUGAAGGCAAAUCUUAUCACACACCAGAGGAUUCACACUGGAGAGAAACCAUUUCAGUGUCCCGAAUGUGACAAAGCUUUCAAGUCAAAGUCGCAACUUAGCAGACACCAGAUGAUUCACACUGGAGAGAAGCCUUUUCAGUGUUCCCAAUGCGACAAAGCUUUUGUAACCAAGAUAAAACUCGACGCACACCAGUGGAUUCACACUGGAGAGAAGCCGUAUCAAUGUUCUGAAUGUGAUAAAGCUUUUACAACCGAGUGUAAGCUUACCACACACCAGAGGAUUCACACUGGAGAGAAGCUAUAUCGGUGUUCUCAAUGUGACAAAGCUUUUACAAGGAGAGAACACCUUGUCCUACACGAGAGGGUCCACACUAGAGAGAAGCCGUUUCAGUGUACUGUGUGUAAAAAAUAUUUUUUAGAUAAGUCGCACCUGAUCACACAUCAGAGGAUUCACACUGGAGAAAGGCCAUAUCCGUGUUCAGAAUGUGACAAAGCUUUUAUAACGAAGCAAUACCUUAUAAGACACCAGAGGAUUCACACCGGAGAAAGGCCAUAUGAGUGUCCAGAAUGUAAUAAAGAUUUUAUUACGAGGGAACACCUUAUCAGACACCAGAGGAUUCACACGGGAGAGAGGCCAUAUCCGUGUUCGGAAUGUGAUAAAGCUUUUAAACAGAAGUCAGAUCUUAGCUCGCACCAGUGGGUACACAUUAAAAAGAGGCCUGUCAGUGUUCAGAAUAUGACACAGCUUUUACAACCCAGAGAGAGCUCAUUACACACCCACACACUGGAGACAAUAUGACAAUUAAAUUUUUUUUUGGAGAAUCCUUAAUAACUAAACAGUUUCCCUAUGAUGUUCAUCUUUUAUCAUUUGUAUGGAGCAAUAACUGAACAUGUAAUGUAUUUGCAUCAUUCACUAACUGAGCUGUGUUCCCAAGUGUUUUCUUCAUUGCCCAAUCCAAUACGUUAAAGCGGAGCUCCACCAAGAAAAAAAUGUUGUUUAAAUGCUGC